UGUGUGUGUGUGUGUGUGUGUGUGUGUGUGUGUGUGGUCCCAGUUGUUGUGACAUCGGGUGCGAAUGUGUUUCUAUUCACGCACCACUGUCCCAGGGCCAAACGGUUUGGGGGGAGCAGCAUAGAGUGUUGUAUGCCAGCGAUGUCAUAUGGCCCUGCCCAGCCGAUAUAAAAACACAGAAUAUCGUUUUAACCCUCGGAUCCCCAAUCGUAUCACCGACCGUUUCAGGUUUAAAGAGUUAAAACAAUAAUUUCCAACAUAACUUCAGAAGUACAUAAUGUAUAUAGUUAUUUGACAGCUGAGCGCAUCACAUGUGAUCUCUAUUGGAGAUUUGUGAUUGUUUUUUGUCUGCUGCUGCCGGGAAUUAAAGACGUCCGACUGGUGCAUGAGGGGUGUUUUCGAGUGGUCUCCAUGGCAACGUGAAGAAAAAGCCCCUUCCAACAUGGUGUGCGUAUAGGGGGCUAAUCUGAUCGCAGAUAAUGGAAUAGAAAACAACUUUACUCUAUGCAAAUGUGCGACGGUGGGCUGUGUCUGUGUUACCCAAUCACAGAGGAGAGGGGCUGAGUGGGCGGGCUUUGGGUUCUUGUCCCAGGAUUCAAGUCUGUCUCGGGUAAAUACAGAAUCCCAGCCAGCAUCAUAGUGGAAAGAGAAAGACUUUCCUGCCUUUUUUGUUUUUAAGGGAAACGGGGAGGCCAGGCUGCUGCUGUUUCUGUGUCCAGUGGUUCCCUUGAGUCCGGUGUUUUACAACAGAAGCAGAGUCUCUCUUAUGGGGGAAUGACGUUUGUUGAUUUCAGUAAACACUGUUUUGUAGGGAGUAGCUUCAGUGUGAAACUGUGAACAUGAAUGAAAAGCCCUAAUUGUCAAACUCCUUGACUGAUAUCGAUAACAGAAAUUAGGGCUUCUGGCAGGAAUGAAUUAUAUCUGAGCCUUGGCUUAUUUUUUUUUUGCGAGUGUAUAAAAAAAACAAAAAAACGCAUGUACCUUCUAAAUAGUUAAAAGCUUUUCUCUUCAUUUGUGGACAAUCUGAAGAGACAACUGGGACAGCCCCUCAUUAUGCCCAGGCUUGCCUUGUCGUUACAAUGCAGCCACUGUCAUCUGAAUAAAAAAAAGUAAUUAAAUGGCCCAACACAUCUUGCACGUACAACACGCGUCCUGUACGUGCAAGUACACGACAGUGUCUCCUCUCCUGUCCUCAUUGUGUCGGGACUCUGCCAUCAUGAACUAGGGUGACUCCCCAGACUAGGUCUGGGCGAUUAAUCAAAUAUAUAUCGCAGUGUCGAUUUUGAUCACAAAAUGAGCAUAAUCUAGUUUUUCAACAGCUGCAGAUGCAUAUCUGUAUAUUAAUUUAGAUUGGAACAUUUUUCUUUUUGACCAUUUUGUGUAAGGCGAAAUUUCAAUGCAACAUGUUUUAAAACUAAAAAUUAAUCGUCUGAAGAAUCGUGAUGUGCGGGAAGGGAAAGCCUUCCCAGGUUGUCUGUUUUGUAAUGGAUCGUUGUCCAAGGGCGUUCCAGGCGAGGCAGGGCCACCACCCGCCCAUUUGUGGUGUUUGUUCAGUCAGUGAUGUCUGGGUGCAGGCACGGGCCAAUAUGAAAAUUUCCCGGCCGGCCAUCUGCAGAUAACCAAUGAAUCCUGAGUCUUGUGCGGCUCAGAUUUACAGGCCGCACGUGACUCCAGUAAUCUCUUGUCCGAGUGUCCAGUCUGUGUACACAGCCACGCUGUAUAGAGUGCAAACGCGUUUGCGUUGUACUCUGGGGGGUCAAAUCCUAUCGCCGUCACCUGACCUGUGGGACUGAAGGCUAAAAGGUGAACAAAGUGCAAUCCCUUCAUCAGGAGAUUUCAUGUUUGGUCAGCAGCAUGAGGAGUAGAGAGACGCCAAAACAAGUCCGGACCGCGCUGCUGAUUGCGAAGGGAGGGGCCUGAAAAUCCCUUUUUUUAAUUUAUCUUGUAAAUACAGGCCAUGUGGCCGACUCUCUUGGUAUUUGAGCUAUUAGAGGCUGGAGACAGGUUCCUGCUGCAAGUGUGGGCAGAGGACUGGGCAGUGGAGCUGUUGGCGUGAUGGUAAAAGGAAAAGCUAUUCAUGGUCAUCUCUGUAUCCGAAAAAAGGCCUUUUCCAGCUAUUCCACGGCGGCCCUAGAGUUUGAGCAGCAGCACCAGCUCGCUCCCGUGUUCGACUCUCCCAGGAUGUCGCGCCGGAGCCUGCGCCUGCAGACCGGUGGUGCCGGUCUCUAUGGCAACGACAGCCAUGCCGACGGCCCCCAGAACCACGUCAGCUACACCACCAACACCACCACAAGCAGCAGCAGCAGCAGGAAGGAGACUCGGACGCCUCGCAACAGGAAGCAGCAGCAGGCUGUCUCCCAGACCCUGUCCCUGAGCCAGAUGGACACGCCCCGACAGACGCUGUCCUUCUCCGCCCUCAGCACCCCUGUGGCGGGCGGAGGCCUUCAGCACGCCGGCCUCGCCACCGACACCACCCUGCUCUCCUCCACCUCCACCGCCACCUCCGUGCCCGGCCAGGCCAGCCUGAGACAACGUGCCUCCACCACCACCACCACCACCACCACCACCGAUGGAUACUGGGGGUCAGGGCAUGAUGUUGAACUCACAGGGCACAGUACCAGCCACGGCCACGGCCUCAACGGGGGCGCCGCCGGCAGCGUGUCCAAGUCUUCCCAACACACCACCGCCGCCAACGGCUACAUCUGUAAAGACUGCUCCCCCAGCACGGGCGGCCUAAGCGCCCACUGCGCCUCAUCUUCGUCCUCUUCAUCAUCUCUGGGCGCCCAGGCCGCCGCGUCCGCGACCGGCGCGUUUUCCUCCUUCUCGUCGUCGUCGUCGCUGUCGUCUUCAUCCAUGUCGCCCUCCUCCAGCAUAUACUCCCGAGACAAGAGUCGAAGGAACAAGACGGGCGUCCUGGCGUCCGUGUCCAGCACAUGCGUGCGCUACGGCAGGAAAGCGGUCGCCCCCGUGGUGUCCCUCUUCACGCUGCUGUUCAGCAGCGUGCUCUGGCUAGGCUCGAGGGCCAGGAGCCAGGGGAAAGGCUACCUGACGUCCUUCUCAGACUCUGUCAGACGAGUGGUGGCCUCCAGCAUGUCCAGUGUGUGGCUGUUUAAGCAGAACGCUGUCCGUAGGAUCAGAGGCCACAGGGCCGUUGGCUAUGAAGGAGAAGCUCACUCCAGCUUCUGUGGAAGCAUGAAUGUAAAAGAUCUGGUGACGGGAGACUCGUCACAUCUUAAACUCAACGGCUCCCUGUGCGACGACUGUAAAGGGAAGCAGUCCUCCCACGCUGCAGUGACACAGUCUGUCCUGCUGCUCUCCCAGUCCUCCGCCCAGUCCUCCGCCCAGUCCUCCACCCAGUCCUCCACCCAGUCCAGGACUCAGCGUCUUGGGGGGGCGCUGCUGAGCUUCCUGGCUUACACAGGUUCCUGCCUUCUGGUACCAGGCUACGGUGUGGUGCGUGCGGGCAAAGCGCUUGGCUCCGGGGCCGGGGUCGCGGUCUACACGGUGGUCCACACGGUGUUCCGGAAGCUGGUCUCGCUGAUCUGCUUCGUUCUAGCGGCUCCAGUGCGCGUCGGCUGGGGACUGCUGUGGUUCCUGGCGACAGGAUGGUACCAGCUGGUGUCCUUCAUGUCUCUCCUCAAUGUUUUCUUUCUUACCCGAUGCGUUCCCCUACUUUGGAGACUGCUGCUCCUUCUCCUACCUCUUCUACUCCUGCUAGCUCUCUGGUGGUGGGGUCCGUCCGCUGCAGCCCUCCUGGCCUACCUGCCGGCCACCAACCUGAGCCUGUGGCGGCCCGCCUCCCCCCUGGUCCUCCUGUCCAGCCUGCUCCCGGCCUCCGGACCCCCGCCCGCCCCCGUCCUGGAGGCGGAGCCGACCCUGAGCCACGCCACGCCGGCCACGCCCAUCUCCGCUGUGCCGCCUGCCCUCCCCCCCGCGGCGGCGGCGGCGGCGGUGGUGGCCCUAGCCAGUCUGGACCUGGAGCGUCUGGAGCGUCUGGAGCAGCGUCUGGCCCUGCUCUGGGAGCAGGUCCAGCGGGGGGACCAGCAGCAGGAGCAGCGCUUCGGGGACACGCUGGUCCUCCACAGCAGCCUGCGGGAGGAGCUGCGCACCCAGACGGACCGCGACAGCCUGGGCCUCUGGGUGUCGGCCCUGCUGGAGGGGAAGCUGGGCGCGCUCCGGGUGGAGCUGGAGGAGGGCGACGCCCACAGGGCAAAGAAGGAGGAGCUUCUGCAGCAGAGUCGAGCCGAGCGAUUGGCCGAGGUGGAGUCUCUGCUGGCCCUCCUGGCCUCCAGGACUGAGGAGGUGCAGCAGAAGCAGCAUCAGUACAAAGUGGAGAGGGAGGAGGAGACCAGGAAGGCAAUGAGAGAGGCCGCCAUUCUAGCGGAGGCUCCAGACGUACCGGUGGCGCCCAUCAGCGUGGGGGUCAACCAGGAGGACCACGAGGCCCUGCUGGCGGAGGUGAGGCGGCUGGAGGCGGAGCUGGGGCGCGUCCGGGCCGACCUGCAGGGGGUGCUGGGGUGCAAGGGGAAGUGCGGGCAGCUGGACACCCUCCAUGACACGAUCUCCGCCCAGGUGUCCUCCGAGGUCUCCUCCCAGGUGCGUCGGGAGCUGCGGGCGCUGUUCUACGGCUCGGGCCAGGCGGGCGAGGGUCACCGCGGCGGCGGCGACGACGACGCGCUGCCCGAGAGCCUGGUCCUCUGGCUGUCCCAGCGCUACGUGGGCGGGCCCGAGCUGCAGGCGUCCCUGGCCGCUCUGGAGCUGGCCAUCCUGAGCGACGUGUCCCAGCAGCUGGAGCGCAGCCGCGGGCAGGCCCUGCUGGACGCCCAGGCCCAGGCCCAGAGCGUCAGCGAGACCGUCCGCCAGACCGUCAGCCACAGCGUCCAGCACAGCGCCACCGCCCAGGGGCUGUCUGAAGAGCAAGUGCAGCUGAUCGUCCAGAACGCCCUGAGACUCUACUCCCAGGAUCGGACGGGCCUAGUGGACUACGCUCUGGAGUCUGGAGGAGGCAGCAUCCUGAGCACUCGCUGCUCUGAGACCUACGAGACCAAGACGGCCCUGAUGAGUCUGUUCGGCCUUCCUCUGUGGUACUUCUCCCAGUCGCCGCGCGUCGUCAUUCAGCCGGACGUGUACCCGGGGAACUGCUGGGCGUUUAAAGGCUCCCAGGGCUACCUGGUGAUCCGGCUCUCCCUGAGGGUCAAGCCCACCGCCUUCUGCCUGGAGCACAUCCCCAAGAGCAUGUCGCCCACCGGCACCAUCACCAGCGCCCCCCGCAACUUCACCGUCUAUGGUCUGGGAGAUGAGUACCAAGAGGAGGGUAAACUUCUGGGAGAAUACGUCUACCAGGAGGACGGGGAUUCGCUGCAGACCUUCCCGGUCAUGAAGAACGAGCAGGCCUUCCAGAUCAUCGAGGUACGGGUGCUCUCCAACUGGGGCCACCCGGAGUACACCUGCCUGUACCGCUUCAGGGUGCACGGGGAGCCACGCCUGCAGCAAUGAGGCCCCGCCCUCACAGAAUACCAAACAUAUCAUGCUAAUGUACAUAAGCUCUCGUCGGGGUGGUCGAGGAACACCGACGGCAGGGGAGGGGAGAGGGGAGAUGGGGUGUGGGCAUAAGGAUUUUAAAAAGAAAAAUGUUUAUAUCAAAUACUUUUUUUUGCAGAACACUUUUAACAAACUAAGAUGGGGCGAUCGCGUGGUGGGUUUAAAAUGUGGAACGGAAUCGUGGAGCGCCAUGCCUUGGUGCGUGAGUAGGACUGAGCAGAAUCAAAGAUGGAAAUAAGAAGGCAAAGAUUGAACGUCUGGGAUCAUGGAACAGGAUGUUGACUCUGAAGGAAGAAGAAGAUAAAGAAGAAGCAAAGAUGUCCCUCUCCCCUUUUUAAAGCCUCCUGCACUCAGCCAGCACCCAACCAGUGCAGCUAACUCUGACCCCUCCCUCACCCAUAUUAUUAUGCAUCUUUAUUGUCGUCGCCUCCUCCGCUAUACAGCCAUUCAGCCGGAGAACUGCAAAUCCCUCUCACCCCCUUCUCCGGCUCUUCGCUCCACUUCAUGUUUUCUUCUACUUUGGGUUUGUGUUUGUUUGACGUUGAACCGUGUUAAUUUAUCCGGCCCUCCAUUAGAGAGUCUGAUGUUUAGUUCGUCAGGAUCAAAGCCACAGCACUCCUAGCCUGUGACACAAUAGUCCGGGCACGCCCCCCUCCCCCUUCUCAUCGUUUUAUUUUUGUGUCAAAUCUUCAAAAUAAUCGUGUCAACUUUAGAGACUGCUUAUGUUGGAGUACAUCCAAACAUCCUUUAUCUCUUAGGCCGACGCCCUUCCGUCUGGAUCACAAUACCCGACUUACGGACAAGCUUUGAAUGUGUUGCAUUUUUUAUUAUUAUGGGAUGGAGAGAAGUCCUCUGUACUCGCCCACACUUCAACCUUUGGAGAUGAACCAAGUAUGGAACCAAGUGUUGGAAAGUUUCGCUAUGAACAUGAACUCAAACCUGCGUUCAUUGUUGCAGUGUCGGAUUACACAAGGCUUGCAUGAGGAUACGGAUGGAAUGAACAUUUUCGAAUGAAGUGAAACGACGAGUCAUGGCCUGCUGCAAAUGUAAUUCGGAGUCGAUACAAAUGGGAUGGAAAAUUGGGGGCGUUUUUCGCCCUCUAGCGGUGGGAAGGUGUGCUGCGUUUGCGUCACUAGGGCUCUCUUAACUCGUGUACCCUGAAGGAAUGUAUUCUGUAUAUUGUGAAUAGAUGGUCUUUUAUAACCGCUAUCCUGCUUGUUGCUUUAGAAAAGAGGUGCGCCAUGACAUUAUAUUAAUUAUCACAUGUUAUAAGCUCUACUAUAUUGUUUAAUACGUCUUGUAAAAAAAAAAAAAGAAUGAGAUUUUCUUGUUUUUGGCUGGGUAGGGCUGAAAGUGUGCUAGAGGAGGCCCUGUUAACAUUUUGAUAGAAGUAACAAUUCAUCCCAUUCAUCAACCAAUUCAUCAUGAUUUGAAAUGGCGGGAAAGGAGUGUAAUUAUUGUUUUGGCGGCAUAGCAGGUCUAAAAUAUUUUGUAAAAAAAUAUUUUGUCAAUGGAUCCUAUUUAUUAUGUAAAUUUGUCACGACAGAUAGGACUUAGUACAAUUUAUAUUUUGUCAAAGGCUCAUCGGUGCAUAUUUGAAACAUAAAUUGACGCGUUUUUUGGUUUAUUCUGGAUAAAUUGCUUUUAUUUUUGUCCCUUUUUAUCUAUGAUUUCGUUACGACUGCUUUGGAUUCCUUGAUUCCAAUAAAGGGUUACAUUUUAA